CUUACACUGCACCUGGUUGUGGAGGAGUGUAGCCUAAUACAGACUGUGGCUGGCCCCUGAGGCAAAGGGCUAGACUUCGGGGCUGCACUUCGUCAUGAGGGCAGGUGCAGACUGAGGACUGCUGAUCUCCCCAGAAGGGGAGAGAACCUAGUGGGGCACAGACGGAGGGCUGUGUCCAGAAGAGGAUGCUGCAAGCCAGGGAGCAACGUGGGUCCCCGACAGCAGAGCAGACAAUGGGUGAGACACUACCUGCAGAGGGUGCUCCACAGCUGGACAGAGCUAAUUCCCAGCACAGCCUGCAGGAGGCGCUGCAGUGCUAGGAGCCAUGGGCAGGAAGCGGCUUAUCACCGACUCCUUCCAGGUGGUGAAGAGGCAGCGGCGGGACCCUGACACCAAGGAGGGGAGCCUACAGCCAGAGGCGGUGCCGGUCCCAGCUGAAUCCCCCACAGACAGCUCCCUGCAUCCGGCCCAGCUGGAGAUGCUUAAACAGUUCGACCUCAGCUGGGAGUAUGGACCCUGCACUGGUAUCACCCGGCUGCAGCGCUGGGAACGGGCCGAGUCCCUGGGGCUGAGCCCACCUCUCAUGGUGCGGGAGACACUGCUGGAGCAUGAGGGAGACCCCAGCUUCAUGCACUGCCUCUGGCGUGACUACCCACUCUGAGAUGAGGCAUGGCUGGCCCCACCAUACAGUGCGGAAGGGGGAAUCAUGCUGCUGCCCAGACCCCACAGCAUUUUACUCUGGUUCCUGAUUGGAAAAUAGCUCUGUGCUUGUAUUAAGAAGGGGGGGCUCCCCUGGCAAUUGGGGUAUGGGGUGCCCAGGGCCCACACUGGAUGGGCAAGCCCAGGUCCUGGCAACCCUAGACCAAGCUGUGCUCUGUCCCAUCAGCUGCUGAGGUCCAUAUUCCAGAUUAAAGGGCCUGUUUGAGAA